AUGGAUGUAUCAACAGCAUUUCUUAAUGCACCGCUUAAAGAGCAACUAUUUGUCAAAGCUGCUCCUGGAUAUGAGUUACCUGAAGGAAAGGUGUAUUCUUUGAAGAAAUCCCUUUAUGGCCUAAAGCAGGCACCAAUGGAGUGGAAUAAUUUGAUAAAUGAUGUUUUAAUUAAAAAUGGAUUUGAGAGAGUUACUGCAGAAUUAGGAAUAUACAUAAAAGAAAAUGUCUACUUGGGAUUAUAUGUAGACGAUAUAUUGAUAGCUUCUGAUUCAAUUGUUGAAAUGAAUAAUGUGAAAGAAAUGUUACAUAAGAAUUUUAAAAUGCGUGAUCUUCAUUCUCCAGAAAGAUUUUUAGGAUUAAAUAUUCAGCAAAAAGAUGAUUCAAUUACUAUUACACUUCAUGACUAUAUCCAAAAGAUGUUAAAAGAUUGUGACAUGUUAGAUGCAAAUUCAGUUAAUUCACCAGCAGAUAAGAAGGAUGAUUUGGAAAAGAUAGAUCUGUCACCAGUAUAUGCAAAGUUAACACACCUGAAGAACGUCAUAUGGAAGCAGCAAAAAGAGUACUUAGAUAUCUUAAGGGGACAAGCAAAUUUGGAAUAA